AUGGCAACAAAAUAUAACAUGUCAAUUCAAUUAUUUUUACUUUUUGUCAAUAUAAUCCUAAUUCGCAUCUCUCAAUGUAGUGAAAAUAAUGAUUAUAAUUAUGAACCUUUCAAAAAUUUACAAUAUCCAACUGUAAUGAAAGAUAUAGAAGAUGAAUGUGAGAAAUGUGAUCGUAAAAAAUGUCCACCUAUUAUACAAUGUAAUGUUGGUACAGUACGUGAUAAAUGUGGAUGUUGUGAUAUUUGUGCAUUAGAAGAAGCUCAAUUAUGUAAUAUACCUGAAGAUUUUAAAAAUGGUAUUUUAAAACCAGGAAUUACAUGGCAUGGAAUGUGUGGUACAGAUUUAGAAUGUCGUACACGUACAGAUAUUGACUCAAAGAUAAUUGGAUCGCAAAGUAUAUGUUAUUGUGUUAAACCUGGUAAAGUAUGCGGUUCUGAUGGUGUAACGUAUUCAAAGUGUAAAAUGAAUGCAACAAUCAUCUCAUCGAAUGGUACAGUUAUUCCAAUUAGUGAAGGACCCUGUCAAACUGCACCUUCGGUCAAAUUAACUGUAUUAAAUCAAACUGUUAUUGAAGGUACAAAUGUUACAUUGAUUUGUGAAGCACGCGGUUAUCCGCUUCCAACCAUUACUUGGUAUUUUAAUAAACCAAAUCAAAAGCAGGAUAAAAUUCAAAUGCCAGGUAAUUACAAAGAUUUUACUGUUAGUGUUCGUGGAGGAACUGAAGAAACACACACUAUAUCUUAUUUACAAAUAACAAAUUUCAUCUUAGAAUAUGAAGGUGAAUAUGUAUGUAUGGCUGAUAAUAUUGUUGGAAUUAAAGCACAAGGUACAUCAUUAGUUAGAAAUAGUGCUUCACCAUUGUUUUCAUCUUCAUUAAUUUCAUCCACUGAAUUAUAUUUACAUAAUGAUGAUGAUGAUGAUGAAUCAAAACAUUAA